AUGGCAGAUUCGAGUGAGACCAAGCCGGCUACGGCGCCUGUUGUCGACGACGCGACCAACACAACCUCAGCCGAGGGUAGCGCAGAACCCAAGCAGGAAUCUCACAGCGACCGCAAGCGCAAGCGAUUCCAAGACGACGGACUCAAAUUUGGUCGCGGUGAGCAGCCAGACCGCAGAUCUCGCAACGACGAAGAAAAGAAGAAGCCGCGUCCUGAAAACUCAGUCCUUCCUGCACCCUUCGCUCAGGAUGAGAUUGCCGCAGAAGAGCGCAAACCGAAGCGCAAGGUUGCCGUCUUGAUCGGUUACAGUGGUACUGGCUACAAGGGCAUGCAAAUCAACACAACCGAGAAGACAAUCGAAGGCGACCUGUUUACCGCAUUCGUUAACGCUGGUGCCAUCUCAAAGGCCAACGCCGAUGAUCCUAAGAAGUCGGCACUGGUCAGAUGUGCUCGUACCGACAAGGGCGUCCACGCUGCAGGCAACAUGAUCUCGCUCAAGUUGAUUGUUGAGGACCCCGACAUCGUCCAGAAGAUCAACUCGCACCUGUCACCACAAAUCAGAGUAUGGGGAAUCGAAAGAACAAUCGGCAGUUUCAGCUGUUACCAGGUCUGCGACAGUCGCUGGUACGAAUACCUGAUCCCUUCACACGCCUUCUUGCCCCCACACCCGAGCAGUUGGAUGGCGAGAAACCUGGAGGAGGCUGCUGAUGAGGUUGGUGACCGUGAAGGUUACGAAUCUCGUCAGGCUGAGGUCAAGGACUUUUGGAAGACUGUUGAAGAGCGCGACAUCAAGCCUAUUGUGGACGCUCUGGAUGACGACAUUCGCGAUUUAGUCCUACAAGCCAUUCACGAGCCUUCCGACUUCAAUCCUGAUGGAGAACAGCAAGACAAGCAGGAGGAGCAGGUCAAGCAGACUGCCGAUGUCGACACAUCAGCACCAGCAGAUGCUGAGACCAAGCCUGAAGCUGCGGCCGAGACUGCUGGCACAUCCGAUACUCCCAUGCCCGACGAGCCUGCCACUCUCGAGUCGACAAACAUUCCUACCGAGCAGAAGAAGCGCAUUGAAGCUGCUGUCAAGCAGCUCAAGAUUGCUUACAACGCUGCUCGUCGCGCAUACCGCAUCCCCGAUGAGCGCAUCGCUCGCGUACAAGCUGCACUGGACUGCUACGUCGGCACUCGCAACUACCAUAAUUUCACCAUUCAGAAGACCUUCAAGGAUCCUUCAGCUAAGCGCAACAUCAAGUCUUUUGUCUGCAACCCAAAGCCUAUCAUCAUCAAUGGAACUGAGUGGUUGUCACUUAAGGUUCAUGGUCAAUCUUUCAUGAUGCACCAGAUCCGCAAGAUGGUUGGUAUGGUCGCAUUGACUGUCCGUUGUGGCUGCCCUAUUGAACGCAUCGUCGAGGCUCAGGGCGACCAGAAAAUCAGCAUACCCAAGGUUCCUGGAUUGGGACUACUGCUCGAGCGCCCCGUGUUCGACAGCUACAACGAGAUUCAAGCUGUCAAACACGAUAAGGAGAAGCUUGACUUUGGCAAAUACGAGAAGGAGCUUGAGGAAUUCAAGCAAAGGGAGAUCUAUCAGAGAAUCUUUGCCGAGGAAGAAAGGGACAACACUUUCCACCUCUUCUUCAACCAAAUCGACAACUACAAGGAGCGCCACUUCUUGUACUUGACCUCAAAGGGUCUGGGGGCUAUCAAGGGCGCUGGCAAGUUGGACGAACAGCGAGCAGCCAAGUCGAAGAAUGAUGGCGCCGAUGCUAUGGAGAUGCAGUAA